GAAGAAAAACACUAAUCCCGCCAUUGUCGUCCUGUCCUCUCCCGCCAGUCUGCACAGACUUUCUCUGGAGCAAAGGAGGCAGCUAAGAGGGACCAUCUGAUGGGAAGUGUUUAAUUAGCGUCCCCGGGCCUGUGUAAGAAGGAGGGGUCUUGUUCUCAAGUCCUACAGUUAGAGGAGCGCUUCGGCUCACGCAGGACACAGAGAAGACAGCUGAAGAGUGCUGCUGUAUGACGCUUUUACUACUGCAUGCUGGUAUUUGUCUCCACCUCCUGCCUUUCAUUAUAAAUGAAGCUGAGAAGAAGUGCUGGGAGAAUUCUGAACAGGGGCACUGGUGCAGCAGCAUUCAAACUCGGGAGAACCUGACAAGUGGGGACGUGCAAGGCAACUUACUUAAACAUUAAAUUAAACAAGGACCAAAAAAAAAAAAGAGACAAGAUGAUGAAUGCUGGAAUCUUUAUUUUAAGCUUUUGUUUCACUGUUGGAAAAGGGUAUGCAGUCGACAAGAAGCAGUAUCAGAUUCAGAACGGACCUUGCAGCUACACAUUCCUUCUACCCGAGCCGGAGGCAUGCCCCCCGAGUAACUACGGCAACCAGGUGCAGAAGGAUGAUCCGGCUGAAUACGAGGAGUCACAACAGAGGCUGGAACAGUUGGAGACUAAGAUGGAGAACAACACUGUGUGGCUGCUUAAGCUGGAGAGCUACAUCCAGGAGAAUCUGAGGCAAGACAUGAUGCAACUUCAGCAAGACACAGUGCACAACCACACAGCAGCUAUGAUCGAGAUUGGCACCAACCUCCUGAUUCACACGGCUGAGCAGACACGAAAGCUCACCAGCGUUGAAGCACAGGUUAUAAACCAAACAACCCGACUUGAACGGCAGCUUCUUGAGAACUCAAUCUCGACAAAUAAACUGGAAAAGGAUAUGAUCAUGCAGACGAAUGAAAUAAGUAAACUCAGCGAUAAAAACAGCAUCCUGGAAAAGCGGAUGGAGGACAUGGAGGGCCAAAGGCAGGCAGAGCUGAAGAGUCUGCAGGAGGAGAAGGACCAGCUGAAGAAGCUGGUGGAGAAGCAGUCAGGCAUCAUUGAGGACCUAAAGCAGCAACUGCAGCGUGCCUCAGACGAGAACGGGGUCCUGCAGCAACAGCAACAUGAGCUGUCGGAGACGGUCAACAACCUCAUCCAAAGCAUCAACAUCCCCACCUCAGAUAAAACUGCGAUGAUGCAGGAUACACCCUCACAGUACAAAGACUGCGCUGCCAUCUUUAAGUCCGGAAACAAAGAAAGUGGAGUCUACACACUAACAAUCCCAGACACCAAAGAACAAAUAAAGGCAUACUGUGACAUGGAAACAGAGGCAGGUGGAUGGACAAUAGUGCAGAAGCGAUUCAGUGGCCUUGUUGACUUUGAUCAGACGUGGAAGGAAUACAAAAUGGGUUUCGGAGACGCUUCAGGUGAACACUGGCUGGGCAAUGAGUACAUCUCCAAGCUGACGAAUGAGCAGCAGUAUGUUCUGCGCAUAGAGCUAACGGACUGGGAGGGGAACACGGCUUUCUCUCAGUAUGAUGAAUUCUCCCUGAGCGGUGAAGAGCAGAAGUACAGGAUACACCUUAAAGGCUACACUGGAACUGCGGGUAAAAUCAGCAGCCUUGCCCAGCCAGGAAGUGAUUUUAGCACAAAGGAUGCAGACAAUGACAAAUGUGUUUGCAAGUGUUCACAGCUAACUACAGGAGGCUGGUGGUUCGACGCCUGCGGCCCUUCCAACCUCAACGGCGUCUACUAUCAGCAAGGGCAGCACUCCAAUCGCUUCAAUGGUAUCAAAUGGUACUACUGGAAAGGCUCUGGAUAUUCACUUAAAGCGACAACAAUGAUGAUAAGACCUGUGGGUUUCUGAGGAGUGAAUAGGGCAGUCGUGAGGCAACAGCGGUUUCAAAACUAAAAUGGAACAUUUUGAGGGGAGGACAUGCUUGGCCUUUAGCUACGUGUUGAGCAUGCAAAACUGCAAAAAAAAAAAAAGAAAGCACUUGAAAGAAACUUACAGAUUUUAAAGGAGUAUUAAAUCACUAAGAGCAUGUCACGAACAUGUAAAAUAUUAAGUCUGAGUAUGAGGACAUGGCACGAAGACUGUUAACGAAGGCCUUACGUUGGAUGUGCACCGAUGGAGUGAGCGGUUAAGAGCGUCACCAUUAUUCUUCACGCAAACAACCUAAUGGGUUCUGUAAUAUUUGUUUAGUGAGUUUAUAUUUCUGAACUUGUUUAUAAAUGUACAACAGUUUGAUGAGGUUUGAUAUAGAAAAUGCAACUAUGGUACAAAGGUAAAGGAGAGUGACUGAUGUGGAAGGGUCCUUACACUAACCAAAGCAAAUGAAAAAGAUAUCCGUUUGUUUACAGUGAUUUAGUGAUUUACAUAUACAUUUCUUUGUAAUUUUAGCACAAUUUGUAAUGUUUAAUAUAUUUCUGAAAAAAAAAUCCCAGACUUCAAAAAAAAAAAAAAAAAAAAAAAAGAAAGAAACUACAAUAUUUUGCACAGAUUUGCCUCAUUGUAGUUAAAUACAAGUGACAGCUAAAAGAGAAAAAGGUUCAUGACAUUUUUUUUUUUUUUUACAUAACAAAUCUAUGGUUGGAUUCACCUGUGAGCAGUUUUAAUAAAUUGUCAAAAUUUUACAAGUUUACACAAUUCUCAGAGUAAUGGGUUUUUUUGAUGUUAGUUUUGAAAUUCUGAUACAUAUUUUGUCUUUUUUUUGGUCAAAGAAAACUUACCAUCUCCAGCUAAAGUGCCAAAAGGACUGCAUUUAUCACUACUAGGAUUUUUCUACACUUUACAUUGCUGAGGCAAGACUUUCUAUUUAUUUAUUUUUUUAUUACACAUUUUAUUAUUAGGGAAAAUUGGUUUUUAUUUUAAACUUUAAUAAAAAAUGUUCUUGUGUUUUUUUCCAAGCAAAUCUUAAACCAAUUUUUUAUUAAAGGCAUCAUGGAUAUCAUCACACCAUGAAAAAAAUCCUAAUUUCAUCUCAAAGUAAUUUCAAAUCAUUUAACAAGUUGAACUUACUAAAACUGAUGGAGGGGUUAGGAGAUAUUUAUUUGUUUGUAUUAUACCUACUUAAGAGUGUCCUUUAAAAUGUAUAUAUUUGUUUGUCUAAAUGUCAUAAAAAAAUUAAAUACUGUUCAACCUUA